ACUCCGUAGUUGUUUUAGAAACCGUAAUUCCAUAUGGUUGGACACGCAAAAACUCACCACAGCACACCACAGCACAGCCUUCUGCUCCAUAACCCUAAUCUCUCUCCUACCGCUUAUCCCAUCCCUAAAAUGCCGCAUGGCGGCUAUGGCAAACGCCAAGUUGCCGAACGGAAGGUCAGCAGCAGUCAUCGUUCGAAGGCUAUUGGUGGUGUUGCCAAGAAACCUAAGGCCGCUUCUCUAAAAAAUCAAAUUCGUUCCAUAGAGCGUUUGCUCCGCAAGGAUCUUCCACCUGAAAUCAAAGCAGCUCAAGAGAAGAAGCUGGAAGGGUUGAGGAAGCAGCAAGACCUUCACACUCGGUUGGCUGUAGAACGUAAAGUAUUUCUUCGAGACAGGAAGAUCAAAUUCUUUGAGAGGAGAAAGAUAGAGAGAAGGUUGAGGCGUUUGGAGAAGCACCUACGUUCAUCAUCUGGUGAACUACAAGAGAUAGAGAUAGCUCAGUUGAAAGAAGAUCUGGAAUAUGUUAGGUUUUUCCCCAAGACAGAAAAAUAUGUCUCUUUGUUCUCUGGAGAAGACAGUGCCGACAUUGUAGACAGGAGGAAUCGAUUGCGUAUGCAGAUUAAAGCAAACAUAAUUGCUGCUGCAGCCAAUGGAAAGGACUUGGAAGAGACAGGUAGUGAAGAUGAUGGGAUAGCAGAUCUCAGUGAUGAUGAUUUCUUUGUAUCAGGGACUUCAAGUGAUGAAGCAGAUGCAGAUGACGAGUUGACAGAUAUAAGUGCAAGGGAACAAGUUUCUAGUACUUCUGGUAAAGCUGCAUCUGGCUUAUCCAGUGAUGAGAGGAAUCAGAAACCGAAGUCAGCUCGAUCUUUAAUGCCGCCGCUUCAUCCUCAGAAACAAAUAACGAGGAACUUCACGCCCCGGAACACAUCAAACCAAAGGAAUUUAAAUAAUAAUAAUAAGAGAGAAUUCUCAAAUUCACAAACGGGCCAGAGUAGCAACUUGAGUUCCAAUUCUGAUGCUCCCAAGCGGCCGAGAAAGCGUAGGCCUAAGAAGAAGAAGCAGUAGGUUUUCAUUCUUGCUUGAGCUUGGUUAUAAGUUGAAACAUUUAUUUACUUACCAGGAGAACCUGAAAGUGGUCUGACAUGAGUAUAUGCUGAAACACUUAUGCAUUGAAGAAAGGACUCAAUGGGGGUCUACAUGAACGGAAACUAGCCUGGUGUUACUUGCUGUAUGUUUACUAAGAACAAGGGAAAUCUUUUUGUAAGUGGACAUGAAUUGCAAUAAUUUUCGCGGUCUUAUUAUGCUUAGAUAAAGUAAAACAUUUUACGUGUAAUUGAUCUUCGAAAACAAGAGUUAUGUCCAGCAUUAAAUAUAAUCUUGUUAUCAA